AAACAUUGCAAUCUCCGUUUUUCUAACGUCUCUGUUCGCUCAGCAGGCCACUUUGGACAUUCUUUUCUCCUGCCUCGUAGCUCUCGCCCCAUCCACACUACACAUUUGCCCAUCUUACACCCAGCUUUUUCUGCUGUUCUCUCUGUUUCUCAACUCACCAUAAUCAAUGGCGGCCUCGGCUUUCUCCAAUUCGCUUAUGUCGUCUCCUUCUCUCAGUUCCCACUCGUCGCUCUCUCAUCGACCCAGCGGCAUUUUGUCUCUGUCACGAUCACAAAUCUCUCUUCCUGCAUUCAGAUCUCAUCCUCUAGCGACUACAUUGAAGAAGAAGAUUAAUCCUAGCCAUUUCACCACCUAUUGCUCUCUGGAUGCUGAUAAAGAUCCGAGUGAAGACAUCCCUAUAGAAUCGAGAUACGCAGCAUUUCCUACGGUCAUGGAUAUCAACCAGAUUCGUGAAAUUCUGCCUCACCGGUUCCCAUUUCUCUUAGUGGAUAGAGUGAUUGAAUACAAUCCUGGAGUUUCAGCUGUUGCUAUAAAAAAUGUAACAAUAAAUGACAACUUCUUUCCUGGCCAUUUUCCCGAGAGGCCGAUAAUGCCUGGUGUUCUCAUGGUCGAGGCAAUGGCUCAGGUUGGUGGCUUGGUUAUGCUGCAACCAGAAGUUGGAGGCUCUCGUGAAAACUUCUUCUUUGCUGGCAUUGACAAAGUGCGAUUCCGGAAACCAGUGGUUGCUGGUGACACCUUAGUUAUGAGAAUGACACUUAUCAAGCUGCAGAAACGCUUUGGAAUUGCAAAGAUGGAAGGGAAGGCAUACGUUGGAGGUGAGGUUGUAUGCGAGGGUGAAUUUCUAAUGGCUACAGGCACUACAUGAUUUGCACCCUUUUUCCUCCCAAUAAUUCCGUUAAUCAUGCAGUUCCCUUUUCAAUGCAAACAUUUAUGGUAAUAGUCAUUUGAUUAAAUGUUACUUUUGAGAAUAUCCAUUUCUCAGGCCAACCCCUUCAAUAGAAAAAUAAGAGGCUCAAAAGGCGACCAACAUGUUUCUCUAUUCUGAUGGACUUUCUUCUUCUGUACCACAAACAUGUUUCAUGUUUUCUUAUUUUCCUCUAUUGUAGGAAAAUUAUGCAUUAGAUAAUAUAAAAUUAAUAACAGGUUCCAAAGUGCACUUUACUCGCCUCUCCCCUUGACUUGUAUAGGAAACAACCACUUGCUAGGUGGUCCUGAAGGUUUCCUGCUUCCCCCCACCUUAAGAUCUCUUCCAGUAGAGGAAAUUAGAAUCUGGUUGGAAGUUGGUUUGAUAUCA